AAGCUUCUCUUGAAAAUCAUCAAGUCAUCUCAUCUGGAUAGUAUCCCAUCAAACAUUUGAUUUUUUUUUUUAUUUUUAUUUUUUUUGGGUAUAUCUGUUUAGACCCUAAAAGGGUGUUUUCAAUUUCAAGAUUUUCUUGAAAAUCAUGAAGUCAACUUAUCUAGAUGAUAAUAUCCCAUCAACACCUGGGAAAUUCAAGAUGGAAAAAUCAAAUUAUUAUCAUAGAUUAAGAUGGCAUCCACAUCUAGCAAAGGUCACAUUUUGGAGUGUUGUUUUCUUUGGAUUAAUCUUUGUUUUCUUAUUUAAUUCAUCAACAAUAUCAACAGAUCUUUCUCACAAAUCCUUAAAAAUCAAAUCUUGGGGUGGACCCGGAUGGGAAAAACGGGUCAAAUCAUCAGCAAAGAUUCGAUCAGAAACAGAAACAGGGUACUCUGUUCUAGUCACCGGUGCAGCCGGCUUCAUCGGAAGCCACGUCAGCACUGCGUUAAAACGCCGUGGUGACGGCGUUUUAGGGUUGGACAAUUUCAACGAUUAUUACGAUCCCACCCUCAAAAGGGCUCGUCAAGUUUUGUUGGAAAAAAGGGGGAUUUUCAUUGUGGAAGGGGACAUAAACGACACCGUUUUGCUGAACAAACUCUUUGAGGUAGUACAUUUUACUCAUGUGAUGCAUUUAGCAGCACAAGCUGGUGUUAGAUAUGCAAUGCAGAAUCCGAAAUCUUAUAUUCAUAGUAACAUUGCUGGUUUUGUUAAUGUUCUUGAAAUAUGCAAAAAUGCAAAUCCACAGCCUGCAAUUGUUUGGGCUUCUUCUAGUUCUGUUUAUGGGUUGAAUACAAAAGUACCCUUUUCAGAAAAAGACCGAACGGAUCAACCCGCGAGCCUAUACGCUGCAACGAAGAAAGCGGGUGAAGAAAUCGCACAUACAUAUAAUCAUAUCUAUGGGUUGUCUUUAACGGGUUUGAGGUUCUUUACGGUUUAUGGACCGUGGGGUAGACCGGACAAGGCUUACUUUUUCUUCACUAAAGAUAUCUUGAAACGAAAACCGAUACCCGUCUUUGAGUCGGGUAAUCAUGGAACGGUUGCGCGUGAUUUUACGUAUAUUGAUGAUAUUGUAAAGGGUUGUUUAGGUGCUUUAGACACCACUGAAAAGAGUACAGGAAGUGGUGGAAAGAAGAAAGGAGAUGCACAAUUUAGAAUUUUUAAUUUAGGGAAUACUUCGCCUGUGCCUGUUUCGGAUCUUGUUAGUAUUUUGGAGAAGUUGUUGAAAGUGAAAGCGAAACGACGUGUGAUGAAGUUGCCUAGAAAUGGUGAUGUCCCGUUUACUCACGCGAAUAUUAGUUUGGCGCAAAGGGAGUUUGGGUAUAAACCAACAACGGAUCUUCAAACGGGGUUGAAGAAGUUUGUUAGAUGGUAUGAGAAGUAUUAUGGUUCGGGAAAGAAGAGUGAUCAUUGAGGCAAAAAGUGGUAAACUUGUUCUUGAAUUCUUGUUCGUUUUGAGAACUUUGCGUUCUUGUUAACUAGCGCGAAUGUAAUUUAUUGUAGUAGUAUUAUUGUUGGAUUUGUGACUAAUAGAGCAAAAUUUAUUUGG